AUAUAAAUUAAGUUGGCCUCUUCUUCUGCUUUCCCUUUCUACUCCAUAUAACAUCAUACAGAGUAAUAUAACGCUUAUCAUAGGACAUGCCAGAAUUUAGAGAGAAGGAAACUCAUCUUAGUAUUCGUCCCCCUGAUGUGAUAGCGCACAGAGGGUUCUCUGCUGAAAAUCCUGAAAACACACUUAUAUCUUACCAAAAUGCUGUCAAAGCUGGCACAACCGCUUUGGAAGGAGAUAUACGACUCAGUAAAGAUAACGAAAUAAUCAUGAUGCAUGAUACAACAUUGGAUAGAGUCACUACUGGCACAGGAUUAGUCAAUGAUUGUAAUUGGUAUGGCUAUAUUGAGCACUUGAAAAGCAGAAAAGAGCCUGCCCAGCCCAUUACUCGAUUUAAGGAUGUUCUUGAUUACUUGGUCAAGCCUGAUAUCAGCUUAAUGGACGGUCUUUACAUGAUCAUCGACAUUAAGUUCGACAAUCCAAUCAAAAUCCUAAGCGUACUGCAUGAUUUACUUGACCCUUACAUUGAAAACUACCCCAAAUUAUAUCAUCAACUGAUCAUUGGCAUAUGGAAUGUUGAUUUCUUGAAGAGAGCCAAAGAGCUCUUUCCUAAAUUCAGGUUAUGCUUUAUCGGUCUCUCAAUAGCUGCUGCGCGCUCCCACUUUAUAGACCAUGUGGAUUUUGUCAGUUUGCCAUUUGCUGCACUAGCUAAUCAAGAUGGCCAAACUUUCAUCAAAGAGGUUCAUGAACGUCGCAAGAGUAUCUUCACUUGGACGAUCAACGACCCUUUACAAAUGAGAACUUGCGUUCUAUGGGGUGUGGACGGUGUGAUUGGUGAUAACGUGAACACGUUGCUCGAAUUUGUACAAAAUCAGCCCAAAUCGCUUACUUCUGUACAAGAAUACGAAGAAUAUAAAAAGUCAGAUGUGUUUCUACUAUCCAUUCGAACACGGUUGUACUACUAUAUUGUGGCACGAAUUAUGCGUCUUUUAAGUUGGAGAAGAAUUGGUAUUUGAAAAAAGAUGCCAGGAUGGUCAGGAUUCAUUCACGUUGAUAGAAGUUUCUCUAUCUGAACCUAUGCUCUUUUGCAACAUAAUCAUUAUUUAUAUUUUAUCGUUUGUUAACCAUAUUUAUAUUAUCCAUAUCAAUACCCGCUUUCCCACCAUUUAUUGUUGUCUUUUCCGAACGAAUAAACAAUGUAUAAAAAGCACUAGCUCUCAAAAA